GCCUGCCUGCCCUCCACCAUAUCUGGCUACGUAUAUAUCCUUGUCCCUCGCCCCAGGACGACUCUGCCCGCCUCGGACGACCUCAUCAUCACUUCUUCUCUUGGGUCACUUUUGUUUUUAAAAAGACCAAUUGGUCCGCUUAAUGGCUUGAGUUCCCAUUGCCGUCUUUCCUCUCUGUAUAAUACUUUGUUUGAGCCUUCCCCCUCUCUCCCUGCCCCCCCCUGGAAUCUUCUUCCAACAUCCCACACACGCGGCCUGGGUGUUGGUCCCCCCUCUUGCCCGUGUCACUCUUUGAUACCACAGACGACGGCGGACGCAGACAAAGCGCUCUGACUGCCCGGUCCACGACAUCGAUCGUUAGGGUCUUUCUACACAGACAGAAAGAAGCGACUUUAGGAGAGAGAGAGAGACAGGAAGUGCAUCAAGUUGAGGCUUAGAAAGCUGCACGACGACACACACUUACAGACAUUCGAGUCAUCGAGUCCACGACUCGCCCUGAGAACCUCGACAGACAUCCUACACUGCUGGUGACCUACAAGCGUAAUACCUUGAGGGUAACAUAUAGCGGCUGUUGACAUCGCCCAGAUCUCUCACUUCUACUUGACCUUUUUAGGGGGAGGUACCGUCUUGAGACUACCGAAAGUUGCCUCCGUACUCGAGCCAAAGUGGACGGGUUUCAUCUGGAAUCAACCAACACUUAUUCGUCGAGGGCGACACGAGGAAGCUGCAAGGCUCCUAGAGAAAUUCACCAGGACGACUUGUUCGCAAGAAAGGAAGGCACGCUAAGGAAGGACCUGCAGCUCGCUUGCCACCUUGGAUCUUGAAGAAUCUUUUCUUCUCCAGACCCAACCAACUUCGUCUUUCAACCCUCCUUCUCACCAUCACCAGCACCAGCACCAGCACCAGCACCAGCACCAACAAAUUUGCCCGCGAAUUUCCCCAUCGCGGUCUCAUUGGGUUCCCUAGUCUGCUCCCCCCCUUCGCAACACAUCACGAUUCCUGCUUCGGAACCUCACAAACUUCACACAAAAACACACAACCUGCAGAAACUCAUCACCAUGGUGGCCGUCAUGGAUCUCUUCUGGCCCAAUAUCGGCUUUGGCUGGUCUACCAGCGCCUGGAUGUACCUCUUCAUCGCUCUUUGGCUUCAUCGAUACACUCGCCUUUUCGUUCACUGUGUCAGCCAUUGGGUUUACAAGUCCAAGCCCAUCCCUGCCAAGCCGACCUUCACUUCCGAUGACGUGACUGUCAUCAUUCCCACCAUCCACAACGUCUUCGAGGAGCUUCGUCCUUCUCUGCUCAGCAUCAUCACCUGCAAACCCCGCGUCCUGAUGCUCGUCACCACCACUGAGAAGCAUGCCGCCCUGGAGAAGCUUGCCAGAAGCCUCCCCCAUCCCAAUGUCCAGGUCUACUCCACCCCGAUCGCCAACAAACGUCUUCAGGUCUGCGAGGCCUUACCUAAGGUUACCACCAAGAUCACCAUCAUGGCUGACGAUGAUGUCACUUGGCCCUCGACUCUGAUGCCCUGGAUUCUCGCUCCCUUUGAGGACCCCAAGAUUGGCGGCGUCGGCACUUGCCAGAGAGUCAAGCGCGUCUGGGAGGGCCCGAUGUCCACCCGAAUCUUCAACUGGCUGGGUGCUGCUUACAUCGAGAGACGCAACUUUGAGAUCUCUGCCACUCACAACAUCGAUGGCGGCACUUCUUGCAUGUCGGGCAGAACCGGCGCCUACCGAUCUGAGAUUCUCUCCAGCCACGACUUCCUCGAGGGUUUCAAGACCGAGAAGUGGGGCAAGUACAUCCUCAACGCCGACGACGACAACUUCGUCACCCGCUGGCUUGUCAGCCAUCAGUGGAAAACCUGGAUCCAGUACGAGACGGAAUGUGAGCUCGAGACCACCCUGGAGAACAGCACCAAGUUCCUCUACCAAUGCUCCCGAUGGGCUCGUAGCAACUGGCGCAGCAACUGGACCAGCCUUGUCCGAGAGAGAUACGUUCUUACUCAACAGCCUUGGUGCACUUACGCUCUCCACAUUGCGACCUUCACCUCCUUGGCUUUUCUUUUCGACCCCCUCAUCAUCCUCGCACUGUGGAAGGGCACUGCUGAGUGGGACGCGGAGAGCCGCAGGCAGGCGCUUUGGGCUCAGAUCAUCUUUGUCUUCGGCUUCACCAAGGUCGUCAAGCUCAUGGGUCUGUUCCGCCGCAACCCAAGCGACCUUGUCUUCCUGCCUGUGUCCAUCCUUUUCGGCUAUGCUCACGGCAUCAUCAAGCUGUACGCCUUGUCGACUCUGAAGAUGACGUCCUGGGGCAGCAGAGCCGACGGUGACACCAACGACGACAUCCGUCUGACCCCUCGUCCCAAGCGAGCCAUGAGCCUGACUACCCCUCCUGGUGGCCAGGACCUUGUUCGCUACCGCCACGAGCGUCAGAUGACCGAGAAGGUCUCUGACUGGCACCGCCCCGCUACCGAGCCGCGAAGGCCUCAGACUGUGCGGAUGAACACAUUCCCUGCCAAGGACAUUAAGGCUCCGCACGUCACCUUCUCGCUCUUGGAGCAUCCCUCAGAUUAGCAUCCUAGCGGCCACAGAACUUACGAAUUAUGAAUUUGCAACGAAUGGAAUUAUCGCCAGAGGUGAAACGGGACUCUGGCCGGGCGGUACUCUAUGCUUUCCCCUGAAAAAAGGGGAAAGGGAGGUAUUUUGUUUAGUGGCCAGCCAGACUCCCUGGCUGCGCCCAUCAUUGUCCUUUUUCGACUCUUCAUUUUUCUUUCUUCUUUUUUUUCCCCGGAAAACAAAACCACCAACCAAUCGGAUUUUGGAGGCAGAAAAAGCUUUGUUGUUGUUCAUUACUCCACUUUACGACGGACAAACGAUCGAUCGCAUACGGAAAACGGAACCACAGCACAGAGAAAUUUUUUGUGUCGAGUUACAACCAUCAAUGGCAUUUGAAUCGACAGCAUGGGCGAGGAUAGGCAGGCCGGGAUUUCUCUAUCGCUUUUAGGGAUACGUUGAUUUCCCCGGAACCUUUCCAUAUUUGAGUCUUUUUUCUAUCCAAAACAAUCCAAAAUGGGGGUGGAUGGGUGGAUUGGCUGCUUGUGAUUUUUCUCAUUUUUCAUUCUGUUCUCGAGGGGAAAAACAAAAGAAUGGUCGGGAAGGGCAUCGCGCGGCAGGCGGGCAGGCAAGCAAGCUUCUUCUUCUUUUCCUUCUUCGAUGAUAAUCCCAAAGAGCGGCGGCAUUCUGAUUCUGAACCAUUGCGAUAUUGGAGGAAGACAGAGGGGAGGGGGCGCAGCAGCAUUAGACAGUUGGUCUUUACCACUAUUUUCUGUUUCCACCCAAACAAAGAAAAAGGGCUUUCCAUAGACUGAAGAAAAAGAAAGCAUGUUUCCCCAUAGGAACAUUGUUCGAAUUAAGGUGGCGGUGGUGACGUUUUGGCAAAACUGUCUAUAGAAACCAUAAUCAUGAGAUUUGUUACUUGGUCCCUACCGUCGUUAUAUUCGCUGCCACGGGAGCUCAUUCUGCUUGUGGUGACGAGACCAUCCGUGCCUGUACUGGGGGUUUCCUGAAUUCCUGACGUUGAUGACGAUGCCGCAAGGGUGUAUCUUCAAGAAAGAAGCAACGAGUGACCGAGCCAAUGGGGAAUAGAACGGCCCUGCGUCUAGAAGAACUGGGGGAUCGACUAGUCCGAUCGUUGGGGGGCCAGAUUCCCAGGAAAGGGAAGGAAGGGGGGAAAAAGCAAGCAUCCGAGCGCGUGGCCUGUCUGUUACACAGCAGCUGACUGGUUUGCAUUCUCGUAUGCCGUCAACGUUGGCCCCAAUAACCAGUUUCCGGGGAACCCGCGAUAGCUGAGUGUGCCUCUUACUCUCGAGGGUCGACGCCCCGGUUACACGACAGGGCCAAGGUAUGCGAAGGGGUCCGGUCAUGCUGUCGCUAAUUCUCCGGCGGGCCAGGCUGGGCUUACUUGGGCUUUUCGUAGAAAGUUGGAUGAUGGGAAAGAGGCUGUGCCAUGUUCACACGCCUCUAUUACGGAGUCAUUAUAGCGCCUUUGCUAGUGUGUGUGUGUGUGUGUGUGUGUGUGUGUG